AUGGCCAGCUCAUUCCACCGCGCCAAGGCGCAGCCCUCCGGAGGCGGUGUCAGAAACUUGAAGGGCAUGAUGGGGUCGCGCAUCUGCAGCCAGCCGCCAGGCGCGAGGCUGGACAUGGCCGACUCCAUGACGGCGCGUGGGGAACGGAAGCACGUCACAACGGCACGCAUGUGGAUAAAAUCAAAGGGAAACGAAAAAUCCCACUCGUCCUCGGCAUCGCAGAUCUGGAAGGAGCAGUUUGGUGGGACGUAUGUGGGUUGGAUGGGUGAUAGUCCGGCCGUUUUCUACAACGUGCUCGUAUAG